GACAUCUGCCAGCCCAGUCAUGGGCCCCAGGCUUCUCCUGCUGCUGCUCCUGGGACGAGCAGGUCAAGGCUCCGAGGACAGCCUCCCAGAGGUACUGCAGGUGCCCGUGGGGGGCUCCAUUCUGGUGCAGUGUCACUACCGGCUCCAGGAUGUCAGAGCCCGGAAGGUGUGGUGCCGGUUCUCGCCUGAGGGGUGCCAGCCCCUGGUGUCCUCAGGGGUGGAUCGCUCAGCCCCAGGAGACAGGCACAUGUUUCUCACCGACCUGGGAGGGGGUCUGCUGCAGGUGGAAAUGGUCACCCUGCAGGAGGAGGAUGCAGGGCAGUACGGCUGCAUGGUGGAGGGAGCCUUGGGCCCCCAGAUGUUGCACCGGGUCUCUCUGGAGGUGCUCCCCUCAGCUCCUGGCCUGAGAGAGGAGGAGGAGGAGACCCAUAAGCAUGGCAGUCUGGCUGAGCACCCCUCCUUGGACCCUGCAGGCAGUGCCAGCCCCUGGGAGCCCAGCCAGCAGAAGAGCAUCCCCUUGAUCUGGUGUGCUGUGUCCCUUCUGGGCCUUCUGGUGGCAGCUGUGGUGCUGUUUGCUGUCAUGACCAAAAAGAGAGGGAACAGGCCUGAUGUCUGUGACCAGUUCUCAAGCCAGAGAGUUGCAGGCACGGGCCCCUCCUCAGUAGUCCACCACAUCCACGAUUCUGGACCUGCUGCUGGAUUGCCUUUGGACGCACCAUGUGCUCGGAUUGACUCAUCAAUUUCCUUCGACAAUGCCGCCUAUGCCAGCCUCCCUCUUGAUUGCCCAUCCGGGAAACCUCCAUCCCCAUCCUCACCUCCUCUGCCUCCUAAGGUUCUAUGUCCUCCAAAUCUGUGACAUAUGCCACAGUUUUCUUCCCAGGAGGGGACAAAAGCGGAGGGGCCUCCUGGAAGUCAGUUCAGGAUCUACCUAAUAGUCAGACUCUACCCAGCUGAACUGUUCACCAUACUGUACAUGCAGAGGGGCUGACCCUGGGGGCUCUGCGCACCCAUCCCCCCAGCUCAGAACCUAUGAAAAACUAGGGAUUAUCCAAUAUCCUCACUUUAUGGAUAGGGAAUGUGCUACUCAGAUAUGACUGAGGGCUCUUGGGGAAGACCCCUGCCCCACGAUGCUUCCUCUGCCAUUACACAUUGGGCUAAAUAAACCCUAAUUGAUGAUA